UCCGGGGAGAGCGGAUACAGUGAAUGCGGGGUCCGGGGAGAGCGGAUACAGCGAAUGCGGGGUCCUAAGAGAGCGGAUACAGCGAAUGCGGGGUCCGGGGAGAGCGGAUACAGCGAAUGCGGGGACCGGGGAGAGCGGAUACAGCGAUUGCGGGGUCCGGGGAGAGCGGAUACAGUGAAUGCGGGGUCCGGGGAGAGCGGAUACAGUGAAUGCGGGGUCCGGGGAGAGCGGAUACAGUGGUUGCGGGGACCGGGGAGAGCGGAUACAGUGAAUGCGGGGUCCGGGGAGAGCGGAUACAGUGAAUGCGGGGUCCGUGGAGAGCGGAUAUAGUGAAUGCGGGGUCCGGGGAGAGCGGAUAUAGUGAAUGCGGGGUCCGGGGAGAGCGGAUACAGUGAAUGCGGGGUCCGGGGAGAGCGGAUACAGUGAAUGCAGGGACCUGGGGAAAGG